UUGAAAAUCAUUCAUGAAGUUAAGAGUGUAAACAGGUAAUAGCCUAAGGCAUUCUUUACACAAAUACUGAACAACGUGACGUUACUGUAUGUCUGCUUGAGAGAGACUCGCUAUGCUUAUGGAACGAAAAAUAUUUUUUCCCUGCUCAUCUCAUGCGGGGCAACGCAGACGUAAAAUCAACGUACAGUAAUAUCAUUAUUUCACACCAGUUGGAUAUGUUUUUCAUUGACAUUUCGACGCUUAAGAGAGCCUAAUGACUUUGAACCAUUGACCCUUUAUCCCAAUGAAUGACAAUAACAAUGCCAUUCCCCCGUAGUAGAACUAAUUAAUCCAACAACAAACUGGUAGGGGACAUUCCUUGCAAUAACACUGAAUUCCCCAACUCCUCGACCACGUACUGACGAGAGCUAGCAACUGGAACAGAGAGGGAGUUGCAGCUUUAGAUCUUGAUCGCUGGAACUAGAACCAUGUCUGCUAGCGCUACAAGGAGAGUGUUUCUCGCUUUUGUGAUUGCAUUUUUACUGGUAGUUUUGGCCAGUACCUCUCGUGUACCAAAACCGCCACUUCAACAACAAGAUACAGGGAUAAGAAGACGAGAGCGCAGGUCUGAGUGUGGGUUCAGUCAGUAUGAACAGUAUUACAUGCUUUGUUGUGAAGGAAAUGUGUAUCCAAGAUCGGAAACUAAUAUAGCAUGCUGUGGACGAAGCCCGUACAAUCCAGCGAUGUCCCUGUGCUGUGAUAACCAAAUAGUAUGGAGAACAAGAACACAAACAAGAUGUUGUGGCAAUCAAGCUUACAACCCAAGGGAAAAUGACUGUUGUGGCGGGAACGUAAUCCCAAGACGAAGAGGCAAUUUUAAUGGUUGUUGUCAGGGGACAGCGUACGACCCAAGGUAUUUCACUUGCUGCCAAGGAAAGCUAUCGUGGAGAAGUGGUUCUGGGUGGUGCUGCGGAGACAGAGAAUUUGAUAAUAGGCAUUACAUGUGCUGUCAAGGGACACUAACGGGUCGUGCUUCACGAAAUGACAGAUGCUGCGGAACUGUCUCAUACGAUGCAGAGUUUUACGUCUGUUGUGGCGGGCGAAUCACGUGGAAGCCAAGCUCUGGGGACACGUUUAACUGUUGCGGGGACACAGCAUACGAUCCUGAGUUUUAUCAGUGUUGCCYUGGAACUAGAGUAUCCUGGCGAUCAGAAUAUUGCUAUUAGGACGGCAGCCCUAAUAAAGACGACGGCUCGUGCCUUUAUGUCUAGGCCGCGUUGUUUUUGCUACAUGUAUACCGUCCUUUAGAGAGCACGCGGGGAGAAGAACAACUGGGAUUAACAUUUAAAGCACUUCUAUUAUUAAAAUUAUUACUAUUUAUAACCGAAAUUUYAUUUGAAAAUAAAACUUAUUAAAAGCAA